AAGCUGGUUGAAGCCAUGAUACCUUUUGAUGCAUUUGAAGAUGAGAAAGAGCUGAAUCACAGGUUAGUUGUUCUUGACAAACUAAAUAACCUAGUCAAAGAGUGGAUUGCAGAAGUUGGUAAAAAUAAGAACCUCCCAUCUUCAGUCUCUUUGAGUUCUAGCGGCAAAAUACUGACGUUUGGUUCCUAUCAGCUUGGUGUGCACACAAAAGGUGCUGACAUAGAUGCUCUCUGUAUUGCCCCUAGACAUGUGGAAAGGUCAGACUUCUUCCAGUCUUUCUUUGAAAAGCUAAAACUUCAAGAUGGCAUCAGAAACUUAAGAGCAGUAGAAGAUGCAUAUGUGCCAGUAAUAAAAUUCAGAUUUGAUGAUAUUGAGAUUGAUCUUGUGUUUGCAAGGCUGGCGCUUGCAACCAUUUCUGAUAACCUGGAUCUUCGAGAUGACUCAUGUCUGAGAAGCCUCGAUAUAAGAUGUAUUCGGAGCUUAAAUGGUUUCAGAGUCACUGAGGAGAUACUUCAUUUAGUACCAAACAAGGAGAACUUCAGGCUGACGCUCAGAGCAAUUAAACUGUGGGCAAAACGACGUGGCAUUUAUUCCAAUAUGCUGGGGUUUCUUGGUGGUGUUUCUUGGGCCAUGCUGGUGGCGAGGACAUGCCAGUUGUAUCCGAAUGCUUUGGCAUCGACACUGGUUCAUAAAUUCUUUGUGAUCUUUUCUAAGUGGGAAUGGCCUAAACCUGUCUUGUUGAAAGAACCUGAAGAGAGCAAUCUCAACUUGCCUGUCUGGGACCCCAGGGUAAAUCCAUCUGACCGGUAUCAUCUGAUGCCCAUCAUCACACCAGCCUAUCCUCAGCAAAAUUCCACAUAUAAUGUGUCUACUUCAACCCGAGCCAUAAUGGUAGAAGAAUUCAGAUAUGGUCUCAUGGUUGCAGAUGAGAUUUUUCAAGGAAAGUCGGACUGGCCAAAGCUACUUGAACCACCCAGUUUUUUCCAAAAGUACAAGCAUUACAUCGUACUGAUUGCCAGUUCCUCCACUGAAGAACAUCAUUUGGAGUGGGUUGGCCUGGUAGAAUCUAAAAUCCGUGUACUCGUUGGAAACUUGGAGCGGAAUGAAUUUAUUACCAUGGCACAUGUAAAUCCACAGUCCUUUCCUGGGACUAAGGUGCAUUGCAAAGAGAUGCACUAUAUGUCUUUGUGGUUUCUGGGAAUAAUUUUCAAGAAAGCAGAGAAUGCAGAGAGUGUAAACAUUGAUUUAACCUAUGAUAUCCAGUCAUUCACAGAUACAGUUUACAGACAAGCCAAUAAUAUCAGCAUGUUGAAAGAAGGCAUGAAAAUUGAAGCUACUCAUGUGAAGAAGAAACAGCUCCACUAUUACUUGCCUGCUGAACUUUUACAGAAGAGGAAAAAGAGUGUUCCAGAUGUUGACCGCCACACUGGGCUUGUGUUGAAAAGGACAUCUUUAGACAUUGGAUGCUUGGAUACUUCUAGAAACACUGACGAUGCAGCUCAGUGCAAAGCUGUUCCUUCAUUCAGUGACAUAGCAAAAUCUGGCAGUCAUUCUUUUGCGAGAGAAAGGUCAGCCACCUUCCAGAAAACCACCACUUUCGCAAGCAGAGCAAAGCCAUGGAACAUCAUUGCAUCUUCUGUGCCUGGUGACAGGCUGUCCAUUCCAAACACCAGUUCACAUGCAGCACCACUUCCAAGGGACCAGAGCAUUUCUGUGGGAAUUGAGCAGAGUGCAACUCCUGCAAUUAUUGAACCCAUUUGUGCUGAUUCCAUGGAGUGGCUGGAUGAAACAACUUCUGCAAGCAUUAAAAAUAAUUCCACACAGAAAAGAGUUCAUUCACCUUCGGCAGGAGAGUGUCUGAAAAGGCUGAAAGAUAUAGAAAAGGAAAGCCUUGGGAAAACUAUGCCUGUUCAAACAACUGAUACGAUAAGGUCACAGCGGCUUCCUAGUAAAGAAUUGCCAGAUUCAUCUUCUCCAGUUCCAGCAAGUAGUGUCCGUGUCGUGAAGAACUCCAUCAGACUGACUCUUAACCGAUAGCAAUUCCUCUUCCGGAAAGAUAAUGGGGCUGCACAGACUUGACCUGCUAUAAAACAUUUCAAGUUGCCAUUCCUAAAAAUCAUGGCCUGUGGGUAUACUACUGUUUCCCUUGGACAAUGGCUACCUGUAUUUUCACUGUGCAGAUGCAUAGCUUUAUUUUAAGACUUGGGUUUGAAUUAUUUUGCCUUGGGUGGGAAAUUUUUGUUAUGAAAAAUCCAAAAAAAAUAUAGACUUGGGUUUGAAUUUUCUUUUUGUCUUGGGUGGGAAAAUUUGUUAUGAAAAAUGUAAAAAAAAAAUGUCAUAUGCUUAUAGAUAGACUGAUAGAUACUUUCCCCAGAAGAUGUAGUGUACAGACUACUUAGCCCUGGUGUAAUUCCACCAUGAGGUCAGUGGGAUCACAACAGUGCAGGCUGUCUGAAUUUCCCUCUUAAAUAUACUCUUAACACAGUUGUUAUAAUCAGGAAAUUAACAAACAAUCCUAGUGUUGGCUGUUCUGCUGAGCUGAUCGAUGUAGAUGAUUAGGUGAUUCUUGUGAAUUUGACUGGCAUAAUGGAUCUUAUGGCCAGCAUUCUGUAUGGCUAUUAGUUUCACUUGUGGAACUGUGCCACAUCUGGCUAAUCAGUACUUCCCUUGGAGUUAACAUGAGUUGCUGUACCACUCAUCCCAUGCCCAUUCCAUGGCUGGUGGAGUGUGAGGAUGAGAGAUCAGAUAAGUGUCUGGCUAUGCUUCCUUAGCCAUUUGCAAAAUGAUUACUUAAUUUCUGGAAGCUUCAGUGGAUGAUGUAAUCAUUUUGCAUCUGGUUAUGUCCCGAUAGCCAGAAACUUCACCUAACUUGCCACCAGCUACAAGGAACAGUUGGGAGACAGGCUGCAGCAGAUUAAUAGUACGUUCUGGGUGGUGGUUAUGGAGAAAUACCAGCUUCUGCCAUGACCAAAAACACCCAAAAACCUAUGCAAGCAUAGAUCACCUUAACACCUGCACAUGUUGCUAGCAAGAUGCCAACCUAUGUGUAUUUGUGACCAGCACUACUUGUCCUUCAAAGGCCAUGAUCCCGUUACCAAAUGUUGCACAUAUAUAAAUGCACUAUGUAAAAAUCCCAUAAAAACUGCCUUCCAUGGGGGCUCACAAAAUAGAAGCCUAUGACACAAUUGAGCUAUCGUUUAAGCACAUUGAAACUCCAAAAAUAUUAAUGAGAGGUAAGCUUCCUUCUCUUCACCUACCCACCCCUUUCAGAUUUGAAAUUAAUGAGAGUUAAAUGUGCUUAAAUCUUUGCUGAAUUGCACUCUGGGUUUCUUCAAAAAAAUAAAAUUAAAAACUCAGUAUUAAAUCUGACACAAUAAUGAAAUGCCAAGGAUGAUAGAUUCUGUGUCACCUGAAAUCUGGAACUGUUAAAACAAGGAUGGGAAUCAUGUGCUCCGCUGAAGUUGCUGGACUGUAACUCUCAGCAUUCCUUACCUUCGGCUGGGGCUGCUGGGAUUUGUAGUCCAACAAUAUCUGGAGGGCCGCAUGUUUCCCACCUGCCUUUGUUGUAUGGCCUUAACUCACAAUCCAAAUUACCUUUGUGUUAAACGCUGAAAAGAUUUCAAAAUAAUUUCCCAUAGCUUAUCCCGAGGGCAUAAAAUCUCUUGGCCUACCUUGCUGGUCUCUUACUAUUCUUGUGGAAACUGUGGUGAGGAGUGCUGAGGGGUUUUUUGGCAAUCUGUUUUGAAUAAGGUAAUCAGAAGUAAUGUUGCCCAAUUUAAGAUCAUUCAGGCCUUUCAAAAACAUACUCCCCCCCCCCAAAAAAAAACAAACCCAGUGAUAUCAAGAAAAAAAUCCAGUUUAUAAAUCUUAAAUUAUGUCUUGUCUUGUGUUUUUGUA